CCACGCCUUUUCCGUGAAUGUCUGUCAUGGCUGCGCACGGCGUGAGUGAGACUACAGAUGUGAUGAAAUACUAAAGAAUGUAGUUUUUCUUAGGUGAAUAAAUAUCUUAUCUUAUGCUUCUUAUCUUAUGUCACAUUUGAUAAAUUGGUAACUCCAAUUAUAACUUCACCGUGUUAUCUUUGGUAAUAAUAAUAAUGUGCUUAUCACCUUGAGAGCUAGCCUCGAAGAGUCACAUUAAGUCAUAAGCUAUUUAUUAACCGAACUUUUAAGCAUAUUUUAGAUUAAGCAUUAUUUAUAUGACAUGUGAACUUUACAUACACUUACUUUAUUGUCUUUUAAGUUCACCGAUGUGGGCUAAAUUAUUUCUGCGCCCCUCGUUCAUCAGCCGAGUUCAUCUCACGUGGAGUCGCAGAUUAUUAGUUACAAUGCAGCUGAAAACUAAAGAGUUUGAGUCCUUAUUUACCGACGGGCUGGUUGGUAUUGCUGAAAUAUUUGAAAAGAACCAGUUUGAGCUGAGGAUUGCAGGAGGUGCGGUGCGGGAUCUUCUGUCCGGAAAACGGCCUGAAGAUGUGGAUUUUGCCACCACAGCCACUCCAGAGGAGAUGAAGGGCAUGUUCCAGGCAGCAGGAGUCAGGAUGAUUAACAACAAAGGAGAGAAACACGGCACCAUUACUGCCAGGCUUCAUGACGAGAACUUUGAAGUGACCACUUUGCGAGUGGAUGUGCAGACUGAUGGGCGGCACGCAGAGGUGGAGUUUACCACAGACUGGCAGAAGGAUGCAGAGCGCAGAGAUCUCACCAUCAACUCCAUGUUUCUCGGACUGGAUGGGACUCUCUAUGAUUAUUUCCAAGGAUAUGAGGACCUCAAGAACAGGAAAGUGAGGUUUGUCGGCAGCGCCUCACUACGGAUCCAAGAGGACUACCUUCGAAUUCUGAGAUACUUCAGAUUUUAUGGUCGGGUGGCAACUGAGCCUGGGCAACAUGAACCCGAGACUCUGGAGGCAAUAAGGGAGAACGGCAGAGGACUGGCAGCAAUCUCAGGUGAGAGGAUCUGGGUGGAGCUGAAGAAGAUGCUGGUUGGAAACCAUGCUGAUCACCUGCUGGAGCUUGUCUAUGAGUUGGGCCUUGCCCAGUACACAGGUCUUCCAGUAGAUGGCAAUGUUGAGGAGAUGAAGCAGAUCUGGCAGAAGGCUCAUGAGAGCUCUCCUAAACCCAUGACUAUCCUGGCUGCUCUGUUCCGAAGCCAGGAGGAUGUGGAGAAACUGGAUCUGCGACUGAAACUAUCCAGAGAGGAGAAAAACUUGGGCCUGUUCCUGGUCAAAUACAGGCGAGAUCUCGUUAAGGGACAGGAUGAACAUGACGGCAUGAAACAGUACACAGAUUUCAUCAUUGAUUCUAGAGAGCCGGACUCCCAGAGUAAAGUACUGGAGCUGCUGAAGUAUCAGGGAGAAAAUAAACUCUUAGCUGAGCUGAGCAGGUGGUCCAUUCCGCGCUUCCCAGUGAGUGGCCAUGACGUACGCAAACUAGGUUUUACCUCAGGUAAAGAGAUCGGCACCAUCCUACAGGAGCUAAGGGACACAUGGAAGAAGAGCCACUAUCAGAUGAGCAAAGAGGAACUCCUGGCCACCAUCAGCACAUCCUGAUGCCAGAUAAGAAAACACACUUGUGUCAGAUGUGCUUAUGUCAAUGCAUGCAUGUGGAAUAAUGCAUUAUGAGUCUGGGUUGAGAAGGUGAACCUCCAAAGUGUCAGUGGAUUUUGAGAGAAAUCACUGCAGUCAUAUAACACUUUUCUAAUUUUGUCCUAUGCCUUUGCAGAUAAAAUGCAACCAAAUGUUUAGGAAUAUCUAUUGUUGCUAUCUUGGGAGUUUGUAUUGGCUAUUGGCUUUUUGGAUGGUUGUCAGUGUGCAGAAAAUGUCUUGGAGCAUCAAAGUGCACAUUUUCACAUUUAGAAUGCUUUAACAUAUGGAGUAUUUACCCCGCCGGUGAACCAUGAGCAUCAUAAACACUUUCUAAAAUGUUUUCGUGAUUAAUUAUUCAUGAAGUUUCCUAGUUGACAUUAUAUCAUAUUAAUUCAUUAACGUAAUUGGUUUGAACAAGGAUGCAUCUAAAUUGAAUGACGCAAUGAUGCAAAGUUAAUUUAGUUUUUUGUUUACUUGAUGUGGGAUUUUGCCCUUUCAGCAGAGUGGUGUAAUUAUUAUAGUGAAGGGAGUAAUUUAGCUCUCCUGCUGAGAAGACAUCUCAUAUGAAGCUGUAGCCAUGGUUUCAUUAUGAGGAAAAAUGAUGUUCCUUUUGUCAACAGUUCAUAGUUAUUAGAUAGUUAUGCAACCAGCUCUCCAGGUGUUUACUUUGAAAUAAAGUAGCCCACAUCACGUCUUCCAGUGUCGUGCUGUCUUGCUUUAAAGUCCA